AUUCCAUUCACUUCAAUUUGAACCCUACAGAAGCCGUCAACAUGUCGCUGUCUAGCAAGCUCUCCAUCACUGACGUCGACGUCAAGGACAAGAGGGUCCUGAUCCGAGUCGACUUCAACGUCCCUCUCGACGCCGACAAGAACAUCACCAACAACCAGCGCAUCGUUGGUGCCCUCCCCACCAUCAAGUAUGCCCUCGAGAACGGCGCCAAGGCCGUCAUCCUCAUGUCCCACCUCGGCCGCCCCAACGGCUCCCCCAACGAAAAGUACUCCCUCAAGCCUGUUGUCCCUGAGCUCGAGAAGCUCCUGGGCAAGUCCGUCACCUUUGCCCCCGACUCUGUCGGCCCCGAGGUCGAGGAGAUUGUCAACAACGCCGAGGCUGGCUCCGUCAUCCUCCUCGAGAACCUCCGCUUCCACAUUGAGGAGGAGGGCAGCUCCAAGGACAAGGAGGGCAAGAAGACCAAGGCCGACAAGGCCAAGGUCGAGGAGUUCCGAAAGGGCCUGACCGCUCUUGGUGAUGUCUACAUCAACGAUGCCUUUGGCACUGCCCACCGUGCCCACUCUUCCAUGGUCGGUGUCGAGCUCCCCCAGAAGGCUGCUGGUUUCCUCAUGAAGAAGGAGCUCGACUACUUCGCCAAGGCUCUCGAGUCUCCUCAGCGCCCCUUCCUUGCCAUCCUCGGUGGUGCCAAGGUCUCGGACAAGAUCCAGCUCAUCGACAACCUGCUGGACAAGGUCAACACCCUGAUCAUCUGCGGUGGCAUGGCCUUUACCUUCAAGAAGACCCUCGAGAACGUGUCUAUUGGCAGCUCCCUCUUUGACGAGGCUGGCUCCAAGACUGUUGCUGAGCUGGUCGAGAAGGCCAAGGCCAAGAACGUCAAGGUCGUCCUCCCCGUCGACUACAUCACCGCCGACAAGUUCGACAAGGACGCCGAGACUGGUUACGCCACUGACGCUGACGGUAUCCCCGAUGGCUGGAUGGGUCUCGACUGCGGUGAGAAGAGUGUCGCUCUCUACAAGGAGGCCAUCGCCGAGGCCAAGACCAUCCUCUGGAACGGCCCCGCUGGUGUCUUUGAGUUUGACAAGUUCGCCAACGGUACCAAGGCCACCCUCGACGCCGUCGUCGAUGGUGUCCAGAACGAUGGCAAGAUUGUCAUCAUCGGUGGUGGUGACACUGCAACCGUCGCCAAGAAGUACGGUGUUGAGGACAAGCUCAGCCACGUCUCGACCGGUGGUGGUGCCUCUCUGGAGCUCCUCGAGGGCAAGGAGCUGCCCGGUGUUGUUGCUCUGUCGAGUAAGUAAAUGAUGUCCACCAUGUUUGGAAUACGACGUACAUGAACCUGUUGAUGACGGGAAUGAAAAUGGUAAAAGGCCGGGUGGGGAGGGCUAGUCUGUAGGAAGCAAAUAUCCAAAUACCAAUAGAUCGGCAGAAGCCGUCAUGUCC